GGCCGCCUGGCGCCGCGGUGCGCAGGCGCCGCGGGGGCUGCUAAGUGAAGCGGCAAUGGACGCCUUGGAGUCGUUGUUGGACGAGGUGGCCCUGGAGGGGCUCGAUGGCCUAUGUCUGCCCGCGCUGUGGAGCCGCCUGGAAACGCGCGUGCCGCCUUUCCCUUUGCCGUUGGAGCCCUACACGCAGGAGUUUCUGUGGCGGGCCCUUGCCACGCACCCAGGAAUCAGCUUCUAUGAGGAGCCUCGGGAGCGACCAGACCUCCAGCUCCAGGAUCGGUACGAGGAGAUUGACUUGGAAACUGGCAUUUUGGAGUCCAGGAGGGACCCGGUCCCUCUGGAGGAUGUCUACCCCAUUCACAUGAUCUUAGAGAACAAGGAUGGCAUCCAGGGCUCGUGUCGGUACUUUAAGGAGAGGAAGAACAUCACCAGCGACAUCAGGACCAAGUCUCUGCAGCCGCGUUGUACGAUGGUGGAAGCCUUUGACAGGUGGGGGAAGAAGCUGAUCAUCGUUGCCUCCCAGGCCAUGCGUUACCGGGCCCUGAUAGGCCAGGAGGGGGAUCCUGACCUGAAGCUCCCCGACUUCUCCUACUGCAUCCUGGAGCGACUGGGCCGGUCCAGGUGGCAGGGGGAGCUGCAGCGAGACCUGCACAGCAGUGCCUUCAAGGUCGAUGCUGGGAAGCUUCACUAUCACAGGAAAAUCCUGAACAAAAACGGGCUCAUCACAAUGCAGUCCCACGUGAUCCGGCUGCCCACUGGAGCCCAGCAGCACUCGAUCCUCCUCCUCCUCAACCGCUUUCACGUGGACAGGAGGAGCAAAUACGACAUCCUCAUGGAGAAGCUGUCGGUGAUGCUGAGCGCACGGAGUAACCGCAUCGAGACACUGGGCAGGCUGAGGGAGGAACUGGGGCUGUGUGAAAGGACGUUUAAGCGCCUGUACCAAUACAUGCUGAAUGCCGGACUCGCCAAGGUCGUGUCUCUUCCCUUGCAAGAGAUUCACCCUGAAUGUGGGCCCUGUAAGACCAAGAAAGGACAGCAGCCAACGUGCCUAUAGAGGUUUCACAGUGGUUCCCAUGCAGAAGACGCCAUGGAGGCUCCCGGACACCCCACAAUGCACGGGAUGCCCUCACAUCCAAGAACGGUCUGAUCCCAAAUGUGAGCACCCCACCGUGGGACACAGAGGAAACAGUGUCCUGCCUAGUACUCAGGACCAAAGUGACAACAAACAGGGCAUGGUGGGUGGGUCCAGCAACAUGUGAGACUCGGCAGGCCUGGGGUCAUCAUCAACAACAGCAACAGCAAUAAUAACAGGGUCUGGCAGCUGAUCGAGAGAGAGGAGUCUGGGUUUUUAUAUUAUUGUGGUUGUGACUGUGCCUGCUCCUGUUCUUGUGCACCAAUAGUCAAAAAUGGUUUCCACAAACCAAGAGUGUGUCCUUGGGGUCUAUCAAUAGGACCAUUACCUGUAGCACAAGGGAGGGGACACUCUCCUCUCUGCUCUUGGUGUUUAGAUUCAGUCCCGGCUGCCCUCCACUGAGAGUAGUGCUAGUGAAUGGGACUUGGACUUCUGGAGGGGACCGGGGGUGGGGGUGACUUAGCUACAGGGAAACUGAGGCUGUGUCUUACUCCUCCACUAGCAGCCUGUGGUUCUCAUGUUCAAGAAGAUGCAGAGACAGGUCCUGCGCUCGUUGACUGCACGCCUUCCAG